GACCAAGCGGAUCCGGGUGGGUGCGCGCAGGCAGUCACGGAGGUUCCAGCUCUUGAAGCGUGAGGUACCGCAGGUGUUGGCGCCGGGAGCGAGGCCGCAGAUUGCGGAACUAGUGAUGUGUUUUCCUGAACAGUAGAACCCAGGAUGUCGAGGCCCAACUUCGUGGCUUUGAGUGUGACCACCCUUCUGGGUGUGGCUGUGGGAGGAUUUGUCCUGUGGAGAGGCAUACAGCAGCGGUGGAGAAGGACAAGCCCCGUGACCCAGCAGCAGCAGCAGCAGCAGGUGCAGGAGGAGGAGCAGCCGCAGCAGCAGCAGCAGCAAGUGCGGGGCAGUGGGGAACCGCCCACUCCCACAGAGGACCAGCCGCACUCCCUCCCGCCCGGAACCUCCUGGGAGGACAGGAUCCUCCAAGGGAAGGUGGUGAUCGUGUCUCAGGGGGCGGAGUGGGAGCAGAUCGAGCCCUUGCUUAGAAGCGACUUGGAAGAUUUUCCAGUUCUUGGAAUUGACUGCGAGUGGGUGAACUGGGAAGGCAGAGCCAGUCCUCUGUCACUCCUGCAAAUGGCCUCCCCAAGUGGCCUCUGUGUCUUGGUUCGCUUGCCCAAGCUGAUGUAUGGAGGAAGAAUGCUACCAAGAACACUACUGGACAUCUUGGCGGAUGGCAGCAUUUUAAAAGUUGGAGUGGGAUGUUCGGAAGAUGCCAGCAAGCUUCUGCAGGACUACGGCCUCGCAGUCAGGGGCUGCCUGGACCUGCGCUACCUGGCAGUGCAGCAGAGAAGCAAUUUGCUCUGUAACGGGCUUAGCCUGAAAUCACUCGCCGAGACUGUUUUGAACUUUCCCCUUGACAAGUCCCUUCUACUUCGUUGCAGCAACUGGGAUGCUGAGACUCUUACAGAGGAACAGGUGACGUAUGCCGCCAGGGACGCCCAGGUGUCGGUGGCUCUCUUUCUGCAUCUCCUCGGAUGCUCUGUGUCGAGGAGUUCUACUGCAGAAGAGAGCCAUGACCACACUGGCUGGAGGGAAGUCCUGGAGAAAUGCCGGCACAUGGUAGACGUCCCGUUCCGCAGCAAAGCGUUCAGCAGGUUGGGAGAAGAGGUUAACAGGGAAGCCACAGAGUCGCCGCAGAAGCCAAGAAAUAAGAAGGCUAAGAACGAUGGGGCAGUGCCUGGCAGCCAGCAAGGGAGAGACCCCAGAAGACAUAAGCGAAAGCCCCUGGGCGUGGGCUAUUCAGCCAGGAAAUCACCUCUUUAUGAUAACUGCUUCCUUCACGCUCCUGACGGACAGCCUCUCUGCACCUGUGACCGAAGAAAAGCCCAGUGGUACCUGCACAAAGGCAUUGGAGAACUGGUGAGCGAAGAGCCCUUUGUGGUGAAGCUCCGCUUUGAGCCCGCGGGCAGGCCUGAAUCCCCGGGAGACUACUACCUGAUGGUCAAAGAGAACCUGUGCGUGGUGUGCGGCAAGCGGGACUCCUACAUCCGGAAGAACGUGAUUCCCCACGAGUACCGCAAGCACUUCCCCAUUGAGAUGAAGGACCACAACUCGCAUGACGUGCUGCUGCUCUGCACCUCCUGCCACGCCAUCUCCAACUACUACGACAACCACCUGAAGCAGCAGCUGGCCAAGGAGUUCCAGGCCCCCAUCGGCUCCGAGGAGGGCUUGCGCCUGCUGGAGGACCCCGAGCGCCGGCAGGUGCGUUCUGGGGCCAGGGCCCUGCUCAACGCCGAAAGCCUGCCUGCACAUCGCAAGGAGGAGCUGCUGCAAGCACUGAGAGAGUUUUACAACACGGACACCGUCACGGAGGAGAUGCUGCAGGAGGCCGCCAACCUGGAGACCAGGAUCUCCAAUGAAAACUACGUCCCACACGGGCUCAAGGUGGUACAGUGUCACAUCCAGGGUGGCCUGCGCUCCCUCAUGCAGCUGGAGAGCCGCUGGCGCCAGCACUUCCUGGACUCCAUGCAGCCCACACACCUGCCCCAGCAGUGGUCGGUGGAUCACAACCAUCAGAAGCUGCUCCGGAAAUACGGGGACGACCUUCCAAUCAAGCUGUCAUGAGUGCUGCCCCUGCUCAGGUUAGGACGGGUGGGAGGCCACGGCCGAGGUGGAGUGGUCCCGUCUUCCUGUUGGACUGCAUCAUUAUCAGUUGUCAGAGCCCGGGUCAGGAUGCUAGCCUGUACUGAUCCUGGAUCUCCUGGAGCCGUCAGGGUGCGAUCUUAAGGGCAGCUCAGGGUUUUUGGAUUUUAAUUGAGCAAGAGCAGUACGCAUGCUUUUUUCCCCCUCUUGUUUGGUUUUUGUGAGCAGGAAAGGCCUCGACCUGUAUUUCCACUCCCCUUUUGCCUUUCCUGCACCACUGGAAACUAAGGAUUUCUCCAAGAAGCCACUUGUCCAGACUCUUAGAUCGUCAUUUUUUUAGCACACUGCCUGCCUGUGAAGCACACCGAUUGGCCUCAGUGCCCUGGCAGAGGUCGGACGCCCAGGGCAGCCCUUCCCCUAGGAUCAUUUUCUUUGGCUUCAUGCUCUCCUGUGACUCACCGAUCCCAAGUGGCUUGCUUCCGUUGGUCUCCCAGGCUUGACUGUGCUCCCCUUGUCACACUGGAAGAAACACAGCAGUGUCCCGCUGCCGUGCGCGCUGCCCCCUUUCAGGGAAGCCCUCUGCUGCAAGUAGAGGUGGGGCGGUGGGGCCAGGGCAAGCGCUGGGCUGUCCUCCCGGUGUGCCCAGUGCUUCGGUUCCUGGCUCAGCUCUUCCCUCUGUGAUGUUUGCUUGCUUCUUGCAUGCCCCCUGCCCAGCACUGCAAGCAUUUCUGGCUCUCUCCCUUCCUAAGGGGGACAUUCUAUUUUUCCAGAAACUGUCAGCUCCAUGUACUUUGGGUUCCAUGAAUUUGGUGACACCGACCUUGUUUUGGCACGUAAUGUACUCUAGAGGUCAGUGACCCUGGAACCACCUUGCCAUUUCGCCUGAGGCCCGGGGCCCCAGGGUCAGGGAGCCCCGUAGAUGUUUGGGAGGGUGAUGUUUCAUCUUUCAAAACGUUAGUCACUGCCUUGAAUAUAAAAUUAACUUAUUAGUGAUCGUACUUUUUCUAAAAAUACUAAGGAAACUUUUACAUUUUACAAGAUCUUAACAAGUUUAAAAAGGACAUUUUAAGGUCUGAACCAACGAGAGCUCUGUUUUGGAAUUGUACCCAAGUUGGUGAUGACUGGUCUAACCUUGAUCGAUUAAAACUUCUAAGCACAAGACUCACUGCUUGUCCAUGUUAA